UUUAAAAAACUUCACAAAAAUGGCAUCCUGGUUAUAUGAAUGUCUUUGUGAAGCUGAACUUGCACAGUAUUAUCCUCAUUUUACUGCCCUUGGCCUUCAGAAAAUAGAUGAAUUAGCCAAGGUCACAAUGAAGGACUACUCCAAAUUGGGAGUGCAUGACAUGAAUGACCGUAAACGUCUUUUCCAGCUUAUCAAAAUUAUUAAGAUUAUGCAGGAAGAAGAUAAAGCAGUCAGUAGCCCAGAGCAUCCUAUUCAGACAAGCAGCGUGUACAUCAAGCCACAGGAAUUCAGAUCUGGCCCUCGCAGACAACUACAUUUUGAUUCUCCUACUGACAACAAAAACAGAACUGCCAGCAACAAUGAGUUUGAAAUGUGCAAUAUGUCAGAUUCUUCUGGAAAUGAACAGAAGUCCACUUACCUAAAAGUGCUAGAUCACAUGCUCUCAGAUGAUUACCAGUACCACGCAAAAGCAAGAACUCUGAAUGCCACAACUGCUGAUUCCUAUGUGCAAACAGAAACUAACACUUCACUCUUUUCAUCAAAUUUCUUUUCUCCAAUACUGGGAAAUUGUGAUAUUCCCGUUAUUCAAAGAGUCUCUCAUGUUUCAGGGUAUAACUAUGGAAUCCCUCGUUCUUGUAUCAGACAGAACACCUUAGAGAAAGAGAAUCCUUGGACUGAGGUGGAAAAAAUCAGAGUCUGUGUUCGAAAACGCCCACUGAGUAUAAAAGAGGUACGUCGUGGAGAAAUUAAUAUUAUUAUUGUAGAAGACAAAGAAACUCUGCUUGUACACGAGAAGAAAGAAGCACUUGACCUCACACAAUAUAUUUUGCAGCAUGUGUUUUAUUUUGAUGAAGUCUUUGGUGAGGCAUGUACCAAUGGAGAUGUAUACAUGAAGACUACUUACCCACUCAUUCAGCAUAUUUUCAAUGGAGGCAAUGCUACUUGCUUUGCAUAUGGACAAACAGGUGCUGGAAAGACCUACACUAUGAUAGGAACUCAUCAGAACCCAGGACUGUAUGCUCUGGCAGCCAAAGAUAUCUUCAGGCAACUAGAAAUGUCCCAGCCAAGAAGGCAUUUCUUUGUGUGGAUCAGCUUUUAUGAAAUCUACUGUGGACAGCUUUAUGACCUCCUAAAUAGAAGAAAAAGGCUCUUCGCAAGAGAAGAUAGCAAGCAUGUGGUACAGAUAGUGGGACUGCAGGAGCUCCAGGUGGAUAGUGUGGAGGUCCUCUUAGAGGUGAUCUUAAAGGGCAGCAAGGAGCGUAGCACUGGGGCCACUGGAGUUAAUGCGGACUCCUCCCGCUCUCAUGCUAUCAUCCAAAUUCAGAUCAAAGAUUCAGCCAAGAGGACAUUUGGCAGGAUCUCCUUUAUUGACUUGGCUGGCAGUGAAAGAGCAGCAGAUGCCAGGGACUCAGAUAGACAGACAAAGAUGGAAGGUGCAGAAAUAAACCAGAGUCUUCUGGCUCUGAAGGAAUGUAUCCGAGCACUGGACCAGGAACACACCCAUACUCCCUUCAGGCAGAGCAAAUUAACUCAGGUUCUGAAGGACUCUUUCAUUGGCAAUGCCAAAACUUGUAUGAUUGCUAACAUCUCACCAAGCCAUGUGGCCACUGAACACACUCUAAAUACUUUACGCUAUGCUGACAGAGUCAAAGAAUUAAAGAAAGGCAUUAAGUGUUGCACUUCAGCUACCAGUCAAAAUCAGACAUCUGAAAACUCCUCUCCAAAACGAAUUCAGAACUCCCCUGUGGCCCUGCCAGGGGACAAGUGUUCUCCAAAAAAAGUCAAGCUGGGGCUUCAGCAGUCAGUUACAGUGGCACCUGGUUCUACAAGGGGGAAGACCCAUCCUUUGGCCAGCCAUACCCCUAACAUCCCUUUUGCUUCUAUACCAAAAGUCCCUGGUAAAAGGGGUGGCUCCAGAGGGAGUCCUCCCCAGGAGUGGGUCAUGCAGACUAGCCCUGUCAAAGGAACCCUGCGGUCUGAACAUUUGGUCAAAAAGGGGGCAGAAGAGUCAAUUCCAUUGUGCUCUGAGAAAAAUCAAGUUGGCAACAAGACCAUCCUUGAGUGGAGAGGCAGGAUACCAGGCCUAGGAGAAGGCCCAGGGCUUGGAAAGCUGCCUGCCAAAUGCAAGAAAGUGCAGCCAGUGCGGCCAGUACAAAAACAGCUCGUGUCACGCGUUGAACUCUCCUUUAGCAAUAGCCACCUCUUUGAGGAGGGCAGUCAGGACAAUAAGAUGAGCAUGCCCUCCAGGCCUACCUCUGAAGCUUGGACAAACAUCCCUCCACAUCAGAAAGAGAGGGAGGAACAUUUGCGUUUUUAUCACCAGCAGUUCCAGCAGCCACCUCUCCUUCAACAGAAGUUAAAAUACCAACCAUUGGAAAAGUUUUUAUGCCAAUACAGGCCCCCAGAGUGUCAGUUCCAGAAUGAGACCCCUCCUCCAUCCCAUUCUUUCUCUGAGAGUCAGGAUGGAGCCCAAGCUGAGGACCUAGAUGACAGUGAUUUCAGUGAAGAUUCUUUUUCACAUGUCUCCAAUCAGAGAACCACAAAGCAGAGGAAUACCCUGGAGAAAAGUGAAGGCUCAUUCUUCCUUCAUCAGAAGAGAGAUCAAGGUCCUGAGAAACUGGUGGCAGAAAGGCAGCAGAGCCUGUUUUUUAGUUCCAGGUCAGAUGUUGAAGAAAAGGAUCUAACUGAAAGCUGGGUGUACUCCAAGGACCCAGUAAGCCAUAGAAGAGAAGCACUCAAUCAUAGCCAAAGCCCAAGUAAGGUACACUUGGACUGGAGCAGAGAGAACUCUACCUCCAUCGGGCCUUCUAGAGACAACCCAGCAGAGGAGCCUUUCUGCUCACGGGUAGAUUUUGUAUACAGUGGGAAAAAAGGUGAAGGCCCAGCCUUUGACUUAAGACAGGAUACCUUCAGCAGUAAGGUUCCUGGGCAGGCUGAAGACAGCUCGCCAUCCCUGGAAGAUGGUUUCUCUUUCUCGCCAUCCCACAUUACAGUUUCUGGAUCCCCAGACCAAAGAGAUACAGUCACCCCACUGAGAGAAGUCAGUAAAGACAACCCCACUCAGAUGACCAGAAUAGUAAAAAAUAGUAUCCCUGUACAAGGAGAAGAUUCUGGAGGGCAAUUAGGCACAUGCUAUGAAUAUCCUUCAAGACUAAUGGCUCCCCUCACUGUGUCCCUCCUAGAGACCCCAGAUAAUGACAGCCCUUCUCCUUUGAAACAACUGGCCCAGGGGGCUGUGCACAGUCUAGUGGCAGAGAGCACAGGGGGACCAGCUGUGGGCCACACGGUAUCAUCUAAUGAUCAAGAGGCAGCCUUGCCAGUGUCUUCAACAACUGGGCACCUGUGGCUGUCCUCAUCUCCCCCUGACAAUAAGCCUGGUAGUGGUCUUCCAGCUCUGUCCCCAUCACCUAUCCGCCAGCACCUACCUGACAAGCUGCCCAACAGGGAGGCAAACCUGGGAGAGGCCUGCCAGAGUAGAGAAACUGCACUCUUCUCCCAGGAACAUGUGUGUGGCAAGCAGUGUGAUACUGAUGCUGAGGAGACAGAGCUGGAUGGUUCCUGGGGUUUCCCAGGAAAGCCCUUCUCCACCAUACAUACUAGUGUACCCCAUUCUGGACUUGUACUUACCACACGAACAGGAAGCAGUGAUGUGGCUGAUCAGCCCUGGACCCAGGAGAGUAAACAUCCUACAGGGCUCAGUUGGCAGGAGGUUGGUUUGUCUACAGACUCCAUCAAGUUGCCCUGCUACAAAGAGGACAUUAUGUGGCUCAAACACAAGCCAAUCUCAAGGUGCUUAGCAUCGCCAGAUUCUCUUCUGGUCCCUAACUGCCCUCCUGAGACCAUAGGGACAUUCAAUCAGCCCACCCUGGAACAAGCACAGCAGGUGGUCAUCCAAGCACACCAAGAACAACUGGAUGAAAUGGCAAAGCUGGGCUUCAGGGAAGAGACCCUAAUAAGCCAACUGUCUUCUAAUGAUUUCGAAGAUUUUGUGACCCAGCUGGAUGAAAUCAUGGCUCUGAAAUCCAAGUGCAUCCAAAGUCUGAGGAGCCAGCUGCAGCUGUACCUCACCUACCACAGGCCAGCUGUAGCCCCUGAGAGAACAGUAGUGUCUUAGAGAAAAAUCUUACACCAGAUAGUAGAGGUAGUAUAGGAGUCAGUGUUGGGCUUUCAGGGGCUGGUGGAGGCCUCUGCCACGUCCUCCCUGCACAUACCAGAAGCUACUCGCUGGUCCCACCUGUCCUAUCCUCAUCCAGCCACCCAUGGCCUUAGAUGGGGCUCCGUUCCCUCAGAGUCGGGCUGAAGAACUUAAUGCUUCUCCCUUUCCUUUGGGGCACCAAGAGCAUUUGCCUUAAUGACCCAUAACUGUGGGAACACAUGGGUCUAAAAACUCUAUAGAUGUUCCUAAGUUUGAGUAUCAGGGAGUUGGGUAAUCAGUGGUAACCUGGAGGUCAGAGGACACAAGCUAAGGGAGACAAUAUGCUGAGUCCAGGGAGGGUGUUUAUUAGCUGAAUUCUGUGCCUUUCAGUCUUCAAAGUAAAAAACAAAAAAACCUAAAACAUAGGUGCUAGCAGGGCAGCAGUAGGGUGAGCUCUGCCCCAUUGGCCCUUGGAGAUUGAUUUGGAAAUGUAGAUUUACUUUUGAAA